AUGGCUGGCCCUGGAAACAAAAAGAGAUCUCAUACCGGACGCAGCAAAGUUCCGUACAAAAAGCAAAAAAAGCAACAAGUUUACAACAGCGACUCAGAGGAGGAGCCGCAGCAGGAAGAGCAGGCCGAAGACUUUGAAGGCGUCAACCUACUCGACUCAGACGAUGAUAUUCACAAUGCGCGAGUAGAUGAUGUUGGUGCAGAUGAGGAUGGCGAUAGCUUUUCGGAUUCUGAUUCCGAGCCCGAAACCAAACCCACCAGCAAAUCGAAAGCUCCCGCAAAGGCAAAGAUGACAAUGAAGUUGACCAAGAAGCCUGCCAAGGAAGCUGCCAAAGACGAGGACGACGAUGAAGACGACGAAGAGGAGGACGAUGAUGAUGAGGAUAUGGAGGGAGAUGAAUUCGACAUAAACGAUGACACCGAUGAAUCUGUUGGCGACGACGAAUAUGGUGUCGGUGAUGACGACAGAAAACCCAAGAAGCGCAACGACCCUACUGCUUUUGCCACCUCGCUUUCCAAGAUUUUGUCGACCAAACUGUCAAACUCGAAGCGAUCAGAUCCCGUGUUGGCGAGAAAUGCGGAAGCACACGAGGCUUCCAAGGCUGCUGUUGACAGCGCUCUCGAAGCCAAGGCCAAGCGUCACCUUCGCGACAUGAAGCGCAAAGCCAUGGAGAAGGGCCGCGUCAAGGAUGUGCUCGUUGCAUCCAACUCAGAAACCACUGGCGAACCCGACAUGACAACAGGAGACAUCCUUGCUUUGGAGGGCAGACUACGCAAAGUUGCCCAACGUGGUGUUGUCAAGAUGUUUAACGCCGUGCGUGCGGCACAGGUCAAGAGCGCCGAGGCGGAGAAGAACACAAAGCGAGACGGUGUUCUCGGCAUGGGCACAAGAACAGAAAAGGUCAACGAGAUGACCAAGAAGGGCUUCUUGGAUCUCAUUGCAUCAGGAGGCGGCGGUCUUAAGAAGAGCGGCUUGGAAGAAGCAUAA